AUGGGUCUGAAUAAGCUCAGAGAAGCAGAGAAGAUGCACAUGCACUCGGAGGAAAGGCCCAGAAUAAACGGGGAGAAUGCGCACAUUUACUGCCUCCGGGAGGAGAAGCUGCAUCUAAAGAGCAAAUUUCUGAAGGAGACAGUCACUGUAUACCACUUUUCAGGGGGGUUUAUGUUUAUACCGAAUCCCCUCGUGAAAGGCGUGAAAAACACCAUUGCAGAGGCUGUCCUUACACAGUUUCUGUAUCCUCCGUACAGGAACAGCAUAGAUAGAUCCCUGGAGAUAGAGGGCACGGAUUUAUACGGGGCAUACCUUAAAAAGAGCGAAAUAACCGUUAAAAUGUCCCCAAAUCCCGUGGCAAAUAUAAAGAUACGGCAGAAUCCGUACGCCUCACAGGAGGAGAAGGACGCAUACGCAUCCGGAUACGUUAAAAUGCCUGCAGAGGAAAUCAUCAAAAAGAUCAGGUGGGCCAGCCUCGGGAUAUACUACGACUGGGAGGAGAAGGCGUACGCCCAGAAAGCAGUCUCCCCAAUGCCCCGGGUAGUAGACGAAGUCUGCCAAGAAAUAUCGCAGGAAAUAUGCAGAGUUCGAUUCGUCCCGGAAACUGCAGUCGUAAACUACUACCAGAAGAAGGACCGGAUAAUGAGCCAUAUCGACAGGUACGAGGAAGACAUGACGAAGCCCCUGAUUUCCUUCAGUUUUGGCUGCUCCUGCGUCUUCGUCCUCGGGAGAAAGACGAGGGAGGACCCGGAGGUCGACACUUUUCUCCUGCAGGACGGGGAUAUUGCCGUCCUCAUCGGAGACUCCAGAGAGUACUUCCACGGAGUCCCAAAGAUCUUCGAGGAAAACACAGGGAGGGAAGAGUACGCAGAUUUCCCCUUUUACAGCCUCAUUUCCCACUCGAGGAUAAACAUAAGCGUCCGACAGGCGUAUAAACACGCAGAGUUUUAG